AUGAGCGGCAAGGCUCCUAUCCACCCCCCCAGUGGCUCUAAAUCCGGCGGUCAGUCGAUGACGGCUAAGGCCGGCCUGAUCUUUCCUUGUGCGCGUGUUCGAUCACACAUGAAAGAAGUCUGCUUCGGGCAGCGAAUUCGACCGGAAGCAGCGAUUUGCUUAGCGGGCGUGUUGGAGUAUCUUGUGGCUGAGCUUCUGGAGGUGAGUGGAGAAGAGGCAAAGCGUCAGAACCGACAACGAAUUACCCCGGCGCAUUUACUGGACACUAUUCGAAACGACGUGGACUUUAGUGAACUUGCCAAGAAUAUUACUCUUGCUCACACCGGCUCCAGUAUCCGGAGUUCGAACCCUCCUGAGACUGCCUCGCACGUAGUUGCACAGGAAACCAGACCAGACGAGUGA